UCUCGUAACUUGUAAGAAGGGACUUUACUCUCAGCUACAACAAUUUCAUCUUUGGAGAAGAGUGAUCGGAAACCAUCAUCAUCGGCGAUGGGUUGGCUGACGAGGCUCCUAGCAGCGGUAGCGUUUUUAGCCGCCGGAGUUAUAUUCUCACCGGAGACAUUCGGAUCGCUGUCGAAGGGCGAGAAUCCAGCGAAGGUUUUGAUAUUCGUGAAGCUAGCUCAUCUACUCAGCUUCGCUACAGCUUGGGGAGCUGCUCUCUGGGCUACCUUCAUCGGCGGAAUCAUCAUGUUCAAGAACUUACCGAGGCAUCAGUUCGGUAACCUUCAAAGCAAGAUGUUUCCAGCUUAUUUCACUCUCGUUGGUUCUUGCUGCGCCAUUUCACUCUCUGCGUUUGGUUACUUGCAUCCAUGGAAGUCAUCUUCUACCGCAGAGAAGUAUCAGCUUGGGUUCCUCGUCUCCGCUUUUGCUUUCAAUCUCACCAAUUUGCUCGUCUUCACUCCCAUGACCAUCGAUAUGAUGAAGCAAAGGCACAAAGUAGAGAGAGAGAACAACAUUGGAGAUGAAGUUGGUUGGUCCAAGAACAGGGAGAAGGCUAAGACUAUCCCUAAGCUAGCUGCCAUGAACAAGAAGUUUGGUAUGAUUCACGGCUUGUCGUCUCUAGCUAACAUCUUUUCUUUUGGGAGCCUUGCCAUGCAUUCUUGGUACCUUGCUGGGAAGUUGGAUCUCUAAGUUUCUUUUCACAAAGGUCUGAGCUUUUUAUGUCACCCUUCAUGAAUAAAAUAUAUAUCUCUUGCUUUGUAAGAUUAUCAUACCCGGCAGUGAAAUCAUGAAACAGUUUGUUAUAAUGAUUUUUUUUUCUCUGAAAUAAUUGAUGUGUGAAUGCUA